AUGCCAGGGCCAAGCAACUCGAAGAAGCAGCGCAAAUCACGCUCGAAACCACAGAGGCCACCGAAGGAAAGCAAGCCGCGCACGCCCUCGCUCAAGGAUGGGAAUGACACCAGCGCGCCCUCCUCACCAUCACCACAGCAGGUUGUCACGCCGCCUCUCGCAGGGGCAGAUUUCGCAGCAAAUGGGACUGCAUUCACCACUUUAGCUGUCUUUGAGGCUUUGGACGACUGCCCUGGCCCAAUACGGGACGUCCCCUCAAUUCGUCACGACCAUGAGCACGGAGAACGGCAGGCUAUCGCCCUCAAACAGCCCUAUAUCUACGACCCGGGCAAUGGUCCCCGCGUGCGGGACACGCGCGCGUUCCUGACGUCGUCGUACUUCGCCCAACAACCUGCUUUGGACGACCCCCUAUGCGCUGAGUUUGCGCAGGAAGAGGUGUUGCAGAUGCUGAUGACAGUACUGCCAGAUGACCUUGCUUUGAUGCUCUGGUACAACAAGAGCCGCGCAACGAGCAGGAUCUGUCCGUCGUGUCAGCGCCUGUAUCGGCUGGGCGAUACGCUCCCUCCACUCAUGGGGGAGAAUCAAGGUGCAUCCCCGCAUCUCGCGAAAGAACAGAAAAUCAGCGGUCUAUGCUCUCCGCUGUGCUUCAUUGCCGCGUCGCUCAGCUACCCCAAUGCCAUCACGUCCACCUGGGGGCGCAUGAGCGACGACAUGGACGAUGCCAGCUGGGAACUCCUCAAUACCCCGGACCCCAGCGCCAGCAAGUCCCCUGGCAACUUGGAGGCAUACCUAAGCAUGCUCGUGCGCAUGACGCGCUUGCACGAUCUCGGGCUCGCACAGCUAUGUUUGCCGGAUCUCGAUUUCGACGCUGAUCAUGAAAUGGAUGUAGCGAGCCGUAAGCUUGCAAAAGUGUCGCUAUCAUAA